AUGCGCACAACUCUAUUGUUAACCUUGCUACUGAUACUCUCCUGCAUCUGUACAUGUGCAGCAGCAGAGAGGAUGCCACUGCCGGUGCCACGUGUGGGUGGAUACGCUACAGAGGCGAAGGGACAAGGGUUCACAGACAAACUGGGACCAGGAAAAAACGAAUCGUGGAAUAAUGGUCAAUUCACUACUACCACACCAUCCCUCAGUAUGAGUGAGUCCAUGAGUGCCUCUGCCACUCUUCCUCUCACUGACACCACUACUGUUGCCCCAGCACCUGAUCAACAACAACAAGAAACAGCAGCAGGAGAUCAACAGACUACAGAAACAGGAGAGGAACGGCCCGCCACUACUGAGGAGUCGACUACGACGAGCACCGCAGCACCGAAGAAGAAGAAGGACGGCGGCCGCGGCCCUGAGUGGCUGCACGGCCCGCUGGUGCUGCUCGCCGCCCUCACCGCCGCAGUGCUGUGCUGA